AUGGUUAAAUUCAUCUCAAUCGCAAUCAUCGCAAUGGCUUUCGCCAUGGCAUCUGCCCGUCCAGUCGAAUUUGUCGGCCGUGACGUCGUGCAAUCCAACGAGAACUCUCUCGUUGAUGCAUCAAACGCUCACAUUGGUGUCAACGCUUUGAACAACGGUUACCCACCACAGCCAGAACACCAUGAUCACCACCCUUGGACUCAAGGUGGAAGCAACAACGUCAUCCAAUCAAACAAAAAUGAUGGAGUCGAUUUGAGCAACUUGAACCUCGAUGUCAACGCUUUGAACGAUUUCGACAGACGUAGCUUGCCAAACAACGAUGGAAACGUUGUCCAAUCAAACAAGAAUGAUCUCAUUGAUCUUUCAAACCUCAAAGUCAUUGCCAAUGCUUUGAAUGCCUUCAACAAGCGCGAUUGGCACCCACACCCUCAUCCCCAUCCAGAACCAGCUCCAUCAAACAACGUCAUCCAAGACAACGAAUCGAGCCUGGUUAAUCUCAGUGGGCUCAAAGUCAUCGCAAAUGCUUUGAACGACUUCAAGAAGCGCGGCUGGCACCCACACCCACACCCUCAUCCCCAUCCAGCACCACCAGCUCCAUCAAACAAUGUCAUCCAAGAAAAUGAAUCAAGUUUGAUCAACCUAUCCGACCUUGGUAUCGAUGUGAACGCUUUGAACAGCCUCAAGCGCGGCUGGCACCCACACCCUCAUCCUCACCCAGCACCAGCUCCAUCAAACAACGUGAUCCAAGAAGAUGAAUCAAGUUUGAUCAACCUAUCCAACCUUGGUAUUGACGCGAACGCUUUGAACGACUUCAAGAAGCGUGAUGUUGUACAAAAGGACAAGAACGAUUUGAUUGACGCCAGUAAUUUGAAGGCCUUGGUUAACUUGCUCAACAACUUCCAAAAGCGUGACGUUGUUCAGAAAGACAAGAACUCCUUGAUCGAUGCCUCAGAUUUGGGUGUCUUGGUCAACUUGCUCAACAACUUCCAAAAGCGUGACGUUGUUCAGAAAGACAAGAACUCCUUGGUCGAUGCCUCAAAUUUGGGUGUCUUGGUCAACUUGCUCAACGACUUCCAAAAGCGUGACGUCGUUCAAUCAGAUAAGAAUUCUUUGAUCGAUGCCUCAAAUUUGGGUGUCUUGGCCAACGUGCUCAACGACUUCUAA